AUGGGAAGACGUCCAGUGAGGCCAGCUAUCGACAAAGAGCUGGUUGGUAUCUGGCAGGCGAUCCUUUCCGACGCGGCAAAUGUGUUAAGGUAUAAAGACGGAGCUUUUGAAGAUCUCAUCCAAAGAGAUACCCCAGCGCGUCAAGCGGUCGAUACGUACCUUGAUUCUGCCCUCCUUACCAGGCGCGAGAGGGCAAUCUUCGAGAGGAUUCGUUCGCUGGUCGGCGACGUGACGGACCGCGAAUCCGAGUACACUCACAAGACACUGAGGAAGGAGUUUGGCAGAAUGGUGUCGGAAGACAUGAGCUUGCGAGUAUCGAAUCGGUUCUCGAAGGAGCGUGAAGAAGCUGUCAACAGACUGCACUGGAGCUUUGUUGACGGGAAGUUGGACGUUGUAGCAAGCCAGCCUUGA